AUGACGGAGUUUGGCCUUGACAAUUCGGGGACCGUCGAGGAGCUGCGUAAACGCCUCUCUACAUUUGUGCAAGAGGAAGUGGAGACUGAGAACCAUCGCGAUCGGGCCACUGAUUUAGCGCUUAAGCAUACGAGGUCUACAAGCGCGGGGAAUGCACCAACACCGAAGAGACCCGAACGAUCAGCCCCAAUUAUCAUGGACCGCGUACGCAAAUGGGGCGUCAAAUACGAUGGCGGCAAGGACCCGUUGGGUUUCAUCGAACGCGUUGAAGAAUUAGCCGACGGGUACGAGAUAGAAAGAGACGCACUUCCACGAGCAUUACCCGAGUUAUUUAAGGAUAGAGCCCUCGUCUGGUUACGAAACAACCACGGCCACUGGAGAGACUGGGAGACGUGUAAGCGAGAUUUCCUGAAGUUCUUCUUGAAUUCCCGGUAUUUCGAAAGACUCGAUGAUGAGAUACGGCAGCGUGUUCAACGGCCCAGAGAGGCAUUUAAAGACUAUGUACUAGCGUUACAAGGGCUAAUGCGUCAUUCCGACUAUACGGAGGCACAAAAGCUUCGGCGCAUCUAUAAGAAUUGCCGAAGCGAACACCAGCUGUAUAUUAAACAAACCGAGUUCAACACUCUUGGAGAGUUGGUAAGUCUGGCAGAAGACUACGAGAAUAUUGUAGCAGAGAAGGAGUCGCAACGAGCAUUGCCCCGCGCAAUAACCCCGAGACGAAGCGAAGAGCGCAACUACACUAUCCGAGAGGAGCAGAGAAGAGAGAGGUAUACGAUGCCAGCGAGACGGCGGGAUGGAGGCGAUUAUGCGCCACCUACGGGACAACAACACGAUGCGGCGAAGACGGACAUUUCGCCUACGAAUGUAGGAACGAUAUCCAGCAAUUCUGUUGGACGUGCGGUCGGCGGAACAUUCGAACAUCAGACUGUUGCCGCGGACAACAAGGAAACGGUCAAGGACCCCAUUCGCGACGAAGAGUGGGGUCUCCAGUAA